AUGUCUAAUCAACUUUGGUUCUUACUUCUUGACGGGAUCUUUCUUCCUUUAACUUUACCCGCCGAAGACGAGUCUAGAUAUCGAAGUAGAAAAGGCAAGAUUAGUACAAAUUUUUUGGCUGUUUGUGAUGCUAAUAUGAGGUUCACUUAUGUUCUGCCCGGUUGGGAGGGAUCAGCUUCCGAUUCUCGAGUGUUGCGUGAUGCUCUAUCACGGAAAAAUGGUCUUAAAGUUCCUAAAAAUAAGUACUAUCUUAUGGAUGGGGGAUAUGCCAAUGGGCCUGGUUUCUUAGCUCCUUAUAGGGUGACUCGAUAUCAUUUACAACUUUGGCGAGGGAAAACUCCUCAGAACUAUAAUGAGUUAUUUAACCAUAGGCAUUCCUUAGCUAGAAGUUACGUUGAAAGGGCAUUUGGAUUGUUGAAGAAAAGAUGGGGCAUUUUGCGUGCAGCUGGCUUUUAUGACGUGAAGAGUGUCCUCAUGAUGCACUAUUGGAUGAAGUAG